AAGAGCCUCCCAGGUAGUAAAUAAUCUGUAGAAGGCGAGAGCGACUGCGUCUCCAUUUUGUCGGCGCCGUCCCAGCGGAGCCUGUCGCGAUGGGGAGCGUGCUGGGGCUGUGCUCCGUGGCGAACUGGAUCCCCUGUUUGUGCGGCAGCGCCCCCUGUCUGCUGUGCCGAUGCUGCCCCAGCGGGAACAACUCCACCGUCACCAGGCUGAUCUAUGCGCUCUUCUUGUUCCUUGGGGUGUGUGUUGCUUGUGUCAUGUUGAUACCAGGAAUGGAAGAACAACUGAAUAAGAUUCCUGGAUUUUGUGAGAAUGAGAAAGGUGUCGUUCCCUGCAGUAUUCUGGUUGGCUACAAAGCUGUGUAUCGCUUGUGCUUUGGCCUGGCCAUGUUCUACCUCCUCCUUUCUCUGCUUAUGAUCAAGGUGAAGAGUAGCAGUGACCCUCGAGCUGCCGUGCACAAUGGAUUUUGGUUCUUCAAAUUUGCUGCAGCGAUUGCAAUUAUCAUUGGGGCAUUCUUCAUUCCAGAAGGAACAUUUACAACCGUGUGGUUCUACGUGGGCAUGGCAGGGGCCUUCUGCUUCGUUCUCAUACAGCUCGUCCUGCUGAUUGACUUCGCCCACUCAUGGAAUGAGUCGUGGGUGGAAAAGAUGGAGGAAGGGAACUCAAGGUGCUGGUAUGCAGCCCUGCUGUCAGCCACGGCUCUGAAUUACCUGCUGUCUGUCGUUGCCAUCGUGUUGUUCUUUGUCUACUACACUCACCCAGCCAGUUGCUCAGAAAACAAGGCUUUCAUCAGCGUCAACAUGCUGCUGUGCGCGGGCGCCUCUGUGAUGUCCAUCCUUCCCAGGAUCCAGGAGUCGCAGCCGAGGUCGGGCUUGUUGCAGUCCUCAGUCAUCACGGUGUACACGAUGUACCUGACGUGGUCGGCGAUGACCAAUGAGCCAGAAACGAGUUGUAACCCCAGUCUUCUGAGCAUCGUUGGCUUCAACACCACAGGCUCCAGCCCAGACAAAGGGCACUCCGUGCAGUGGUGGCACCCUCAGGGGGUCAUCGGCCUUGUCCUCUUCCUCUUGUGCGUCUUUUAUUCGAGCAUCCGCACCUCCAACAACAGUCAGGUUAAUAAGCUGACUCUUACGAGCGAUGAGUCCACACUGAUUGAAGAUGGCGGAGCCAGGAGUGACGGGUCCCUGGAGGAUGGCGACAGUGCCCACCGGGCCGUGGAUAAUGAACGGGACGGCGUCACAUACAGCUACUCCUUCUUCCACUUCAUGCUCUUCCUGGCUUCACUGUACAUCAUGAUGACCCUGACCAACUGGUACAGGUACGAGCCUGCACGGGAGAUGAAGAGCCAGUGGACGGCCGUGUGGGUGAAAAUCUCCUCCAGCUGGAUCGGCCUCGUGCUGUACGUGUGGACGCUGGUGGCGCCACUCGUCCUCACAAACCGUGACUUCGACUGAUGCACGUCUGGCAGGAAGGCUCCCUGUGGGCGCUGCUCUGUGGAACUUUACAGUAUUCCUGGCUCUUGUGAAGUUGUGUGUGUGUAUGCUUCCUGUGUACUUUCUCCAGUGUUGUCUUGGCAUGGAUUAGGUUUUACUGCUUGCCAUUUUAUUCAUUAUUUUCUUGCCAAGUGCAUUAAUCACGUGCAGUGUGGGUCACAGAUUGCGAGCUGUAUGAGGAUGGCAGUGAGUUAGGAGAAGCGGAUGCUGGGAGGGUGGCCUCUGCUCCUACCUGUGAAAUUAGAGGAGUGUAGGAAGCAGAAGUAAAUUAGCAGUAUUGGGUGACAGUUUGGUUUUAAAUUUGUUAGACUGUAAUUGUCUUAGGACGCAUGAAAGUAGACGCAUGGCUGCUGUCUGAAAUACUUGAAAUGUGUUGCCUUGUGGAGGCCUGCAUGGGGCAUAACGCGGUUCUGCUAAACUUGCAGGACAGGUCACUCAAAUGUAGUCUGAUGCGAGUUCCAUGUUGUUAGGACUUGCGCUUAGCGUGAAGGUAGGGGCUUCAGUAGCCCGGGUGCCUGCUCAGUGGAGGACAGGGUAUGCUCAGGCUAGGCCCAGAGUCUUCCCAGGGUCCGGUGGCACCCAGUGGGUGUCAGACUGACUGUUCUGUGACACUCAUCCUCCGUGGGUGGCUCCAGGGACUGUCACCAACCCAUGACCUUUUGUUCUGUGGCCGUUACAAACCCAUGCAGCCAGUGUAGGUGUAGUGGAGACAGUAGGAACUUUGAGGGGUUUAGACAGUUUUUAAAAUGAUAAUCACAGGUUAAAAAAGUUGUUAAAACUUAGAAAAGCAAAAGGUGGUUAAAAAUUUACCAAGGCAGAAAAAAACUAUAAAAAGGCCAGGCUUCCGUAGAUCCUUAAAUAAAAGUGCAGUUCUUUCAUUUAAAAAUAAACUAAAGCACAGACUUCAGUGGCUAAUUUGUGGCAAAGUUAGGAUAUUCUAAGUGUACCAACUCUGGCAUUGAUCUCUGACAUUAAGUAAUUUCUGUUCAAUAUAACAUGUGCACAGUUGGAUUUGCACCUCCUUAGCAGGGGCUGCUUCCUGGGACACGGCUGGCUGCCGUUCAGCCUGUAAACCAAGAUGGGCAUGCUGCACUGGUGUGGGGUAAUUCACAGAGCGCCACACAGGGCAGCAGAGGUUCUGAGCUGUUGUGUUUACUGCCAUAUAAUUGAAGUAUGUAGGUUAUUGUAAUCUUUCAACCUAGAAAUCAAGCAGUGUGAAAGUUAAUUUAGAUAGAAACUUAGUUAUUUGUAUGUGUAAUUAGUGCCUGACCAAGCCUUUAAAAAUUUACAUUUGCUUCCUUAAAAAUAUUUAUUACUGUAAGUGGAAUAUAACAGUUCUCUUGAAUUCCCGCAUCUGACUGUGUAUUGUGUUUCACAAUUUUGGAUGACUGUGUUCAGUCUCUAAAUAAAUGAACUCCAACCCGUGCA